AUGCUAAUAUCUAAUGACUUAUUGUUCCUUACAGAGAUCCAGGCGUCCUUUGAUGCAGGGAAAAUAGCCAGUCUCAUCGUAGUUGAAGGCGGACAUUCAAUUGAUGAUCGUCUCUCCGUUCUUCGUCUUUACUACGAACUGGGCGUUCGCUACAUGACUCUGACGCACAGUUGCAAUCAACCCUGGGUCGAUGCAUCGCCAAUCGACGAAGACGAAACCGCUGUAAAGCGCAAUCUUACAGACUUUGGCGUGAAGGUCGUGUUGGAGAUGAACAGGCUGGGAAUGCUGGUGGAUAUUUCCCACGUGAGCGCAGGUGUGAUGCAUCACGUGCUGGAUGUGACCAGAGCUCCAGUGAUCUUCAGCCAUUCGUCCUCAUACGCCAUCUUCGCUCAUCAUCGCAAUGCGAAGGACGAUGUCCUGUCGAGAUUGCGACAGAACGGCGGCAUCAUCAUGGUGAAUUUCUACUCGUUUUUCAUUGCCGGCGCUGAUGCCACGAUUGACGAUGUCAUUAAGCACUUGAACCACAUCAAGGAAGUGGCAGGAGUUGAUUAUGUUGGAAUCGGUGGAGAUUACGACGGCGUUGAGCUCCAACCCGUUGGUCUUGAAGAUGUCUCAAAAUACCCAGAUCUCUUUGACAAACUAGCAGAACCAGGACAUGGUUACGAGCCCUGGACUCCGGAGGAACUGAAGAAGCUCGCUGGAUUGAACUUGCUUCGAGUUAUGCGUCAAGUUGAAUGA